CGUCAUUCAGACAGCAGUUCCUCUCCUGCAGGUCUGCCAAACACCUAACGGUACUUUUCUCUUUAACUUCUUCUCUUUUUUGGGAGACUUCGAACUUUUUUGACCAGAUGGCCAAUUCUGGGCUCCAGCUUCUCGGAUAUAUUUUGGCUUUUUUAGGAUUUGUAGGUUUAAUAGCCUCCACGACCAUGACGGAAUGGAAGAUGUCUUCGUAUGCCGGGGACAACAUCAUCACAGCACAGGCUGUGUACGAAGGGCUGUGGCAGUCAUGUGUGUACCAGAGUACUGGCCAGUUACAGUGUAAAGUCUACGACUCAUUGCUACAACUGCCAUUGGAGAUACAGGCUGCCCGAGGCUUCAUGGUGGCAGGGAUCCUGUUCUGUGCCUUCGGCAUCCUAGUGGCCGCUGUGGGCAUGCAGUGCACGACGUGCCUGGCUGACAGCCCGGAUAUCAAAAACAAAGUGGCUCUGGCUGGAGGGGUGGUCUUCAUCAUCGCAGGGGUCUUAGCCUUUAUUGCGACCAUCUGGUACGGCGACAACAUCAGACGACAGUUCUUCAGUCCCUCCACCCCGACGAAUGGAAGGUACGAGUUCGGUAAGGCCCUGUAUAUCGGCUGGGGAGCGUCCACGCUGACCAUUAUUGGGGGCAGUCUGCUGUGCUGUAACUGUGGAGGUAAAAGUCCUGGAGGUGGAUCAGCGCCACGUUACCCAGCCGCCCGUUCCGGCCAGCCCAACUCCUCCGGCAACUAUGUCUAACGCUCACUGACCAGUCCAGCGAAGAAACGGGUGUCUUCAGAAACUGCACUGCAGGGAAAAUGAGCUGAGCAGGAUCUGGUUUCUCACCCAACACUGUGCUCUACUUUAACCCCUCAGACUCUGAGGUUCAGUAUGUCUGUCCACACUUCAGCUGGUCACUCUCACUACAUGUUAUCAUGAGUCAAAAGUCAGGAACCACCUAAAUAUCUGUAAGAGGCUGUUAAUGUUGCUUAAUUGUGUUGGAACAGUGGGUGUGUCUAGGAUGCAGGUUACCCUCAGGGUCAUUUCUGGACAUCUGAUGGCCUUAAGCAACAUCACCACCCCAAUCACAUCAUUCUGUAGUCAAGAACGAAAAGCAAAUUAAUAUUCCAUACAAUUUAAUUGCAAACAGUUAAAAAAGCUUGCAUACAUAAAAAGGUGGUGCUUCAGGGGUUCUUUAGUAAAUAAAAUGGUUCUAUAUAGAACCAAGAAACCUUUGCAUGACUUUGCCUGCAUCAUGAAAGCGUUCUUCAGAAUGUGCUGUAGAUGGUGCAAUGAAGAACCAUCAACAAUAAAGGGGUCUGUGUGGCAUCUGAAAGGGUUCUUCUGUUGUUGUUACAAGCUUGACAUCAUUACAGUUGAAGAACUCUUUUGGGUACUACACAGAAUUCAGAAAGGUUCCAUAUAGAGCCAUAUACAGCACAUUCUGAAGAACGCUCAUGACGCAAUGAGUUCUUUGAGUGUUCAUGGCUCUAUAUAGAACCAUUUCCUUCACCAAUGAACCCUUGAAGAACCAUCUUUUUGAUGAGUGUGCUCAUAGGGCUCACUGGUGGCUUGGGGGCCCUGAUUACAUCAUGAAAGGGUUCUUCAGGCUGAUGGAAAAUGUGCUGUAGAUGUUUUCUGUGUCCCAAAAGGGUUCUUCUAUUGUUAUGAUGUCAAGUUGGAACAAUGGAAGAACCCUUUUGGUGUCAUAUAGAACUAUUUUCAGAAAGGUUCUAUAUAGAAACAUUUACAACACGUUCUGAAGAACCCUUUUAUGAAGCAAAGAAUCCUACAAACAUGAACCUUUGAAGAACCAUCUUUUCUAGGAGUGUACUCAUGUGGCUCACUGGUGGCUUGGGGGCCCCGUUCUGUGACCCCAACCCACCACCCCAGGCCAUCUACGGAUAUUUGGAAGUUCCAUGACUUUGGAAUCAUGUUCUACAUAAAUAUAUUAAAAGGUCAAUAUUAGUUACACAGUAAUUACUCAGUAAUUACCACUGGGUAAUAAGCUUUUCUGUUGAAAACGGCCUAAUCAGCCUACACUCUUAAAAAGAUGGAACUUCAAGGGUGCUUAAAUAAACAAAGCGGUUCUAUAUAGAACCAUGAACAC